GGAGCCCGGAGGCGCGCGGCGGCGGCGGGGGCUCCGGCAGCCGCCGGCUCGGUGGCGGCGUGCCCCGGUGGCCCAUCACGUGCUCGGUGUGUUGCAUUGUGUUUGCGGCGGAGGGAGGGCUGGCCGUGUCAGUGAUCAAUGUCAUGACUUCCUCCUCGGGCUGGAGCAGUAUCAGAGCACAGCUGAAGGAAGCUGAUUACUGCUGGUUUCAAAUUGGCUGGGAACAAUACACACACACACGCACACACGCACUCGCACACACACACACACACGCACACACACACGCACACACACACACACACACACACACACACACACACACACAGCCCGCACCCUGGCUCCCGCGCCGCCGCGCCGCGCCGGGGGGGAAGAUGAGCUCGGGGGACGUCGUUUGCACUGGAUGGCUCAUUAAAUCGCCCCCCGAGAAGAAACUCAAGCGAUACGCAUGGCGCAAGCGCUGGUUCGUGCUCCGCAGAGGCCGCAUGAGCGGGAACCCGGACGUGCUGGAGUACUACAGGAACAACCACUCCAAGAAACCCAUUCGCAUCAUCGACCUCAAUGAGUGUGAAGUACUGAAGCACUCGGGGCCCAACUUCAUCAAGAAGGAAUUUCAGAACAACUUUGUCUUCAUCGUGAGAACCACCUACCGCACCUUCUACCUGGUAGCCAAAACUGAGGAGGAGAUGCAGAUCUGGGUGCACAACAUCAGCCAGAUCUGUAAUUUUGGGCAUUUAGAAGAUGGCACAGACUCUGUGGAGAGCCUGUCGCACACCACCUCGUCCCCGCAGCCCUCGCCGGCCGCCUCCACCCACGCCUCCCGCGUCGCCGAUCCCUCCUUCUCCGUCGACGGCGCUGCAGCCGACGCCUCCGCCGCGGAGGAGACCCCCAGCGAGUCGGAGUCGGUCUUCCUCCCCGAUUACCUCUUCCUCUCCAACUGCGAGUCGGGCAAGCUGGGUCACACCAGAUGCGACAGCUGGUCGAACUCUGACAGAUCGCUGGAGCAGACCUCAUCGGACGAUGUUUUUGUCGACUCCUUGCAGUCCCAGCCCUCCUUGUACCUUGUGCAGCCAUCCAGUGCUGGCAGCGUCCACCAGGAUGGGGCCCCCGCGGCAAACCAUGGAGCCACCUCCAGGAGCAUAGACAUUAGCGGGCCAUCCAGUGACUUUUCCUCCUCCUCUCCAUUGCUGGGGACACCGCUAACACCAACUUUUCAGAUUGACAAGAGCCAAAACGCACUGCCCUAUGGAGUAACCAAGCUGGAUGUGCUGUCUAACACGCCACCGCCCCGGCCGCCCAAGCCCACCCACUUUUCCGACAGGAGAGGGGAAGAGCCGGGCAGUGGGCCCCUUCACAACGGCCACGCGGGGAUCUGCCGGGCCCAGGUCGCUUUAGUGCCGAGGAGAAUCUCCUUGUCCAGUUUAGACAAUGUCAGGAACUGGAAAGCAGACAUGGAAGGCAGUUCUUUAAGAAGCCGGGAUAAGAGGCUUAGCUUGAAUUUGCCCUGUCGAUUCUCCCCGCUCUACUCGACCACAUCAGACAGCACAGAGGACAGCUACGUGCCCAUGCGCCCCAGCACCUCGCCGUCCAUCCCCGGCUCCGACUGCUCGCCUGACGGCUACAUUCCCAUGAGCCCAGGAUCAGCCACGUUUACUUUCCCUGUCGUCAGCACUGAAAAACUCACCAGCCCCCUGCCUGAGCUUCCCUCGGACCUGGAGCCCCCGCCGGUGAACCGAGACCUUAAGCCUCGUAGGAAAUCACGGCCUCCUCCACUGGACCUGAGAAACCUCUCCACAAUCCGGGAGCAUGCUGCCGUGACCAGGAUGUGGACUGUGCCUUACAAUCGAAUGAGCUUUAUCUCACCAGAAAGAGACGGUAUUAAUUCAGCAAGAAUAUUUGCCAAUUCAGUUUCCGGAGAAGAGGAAGAAAGUUACAUUCAUAUGGAACACAGACAGGCAACAUCUCCAUACAGUGGUGCUUUUCCAUGGACAAGGAAAUCUAACCUUGAUUACUUAGCAUUGGAUUUUAAUUCUGCUUCCCCAUCCCCUGUACAGAAGAAACCUUUUCUCUCUGAGGAGCAGAGAGUGGACUACGUCCAGGUAGACGAGCAGAAGACUCAAGCUUUACAGAACACUAAGCAGGAAUGGACAGAUGAGAGGCAAUCUAAAGUUUAAAGGAGGAAGGUUUGGGAUUUGGAGGAUUUUCUUUUUGCACUGGAACCACAAUGUUAAUGAAGCAGCUAUCACAGUAGAGUUCAAAGGCAGAGAGACUUGUAAGAUGCUUAUGGUCUCUAGAGGAAUUACAUUUUUAAAGAAAACCUUUGAUAUCAGCUGGAAAUAGUAUGUUGAAUAAGUGAGUGGUUCGCUGAUGAUUAAAGUAAUGCAUUACUCUUUUUGCUGCCCUUACCAGUAAGCUACAUGGUACCAUUUUCUGGCAUGAUUCUGGGACAAGUCAUACACUUAAUGUUAACAAAAAAUCCACUACAUGUUGCAUUAAUCUAGUUAGUCCUGCCUUCUCCCUCUGUUGUGUAAUUCCUAGUUGCUAAAGCUAUUUUUUGAUAUUCCUUCAAAUACUGCAGGUGCUCAAACUGCUUAUGGCAACGGGCAUCUGACAGCUGUUGGUGACUAAUCAACUAAGGGCUAAAAUACUGAAACAGUAAAAAGAACUUUAUAAAUAUAUAGUGCUUAAGUAAAUGGAAUUUUGGAAAAUAAUUUUCCCCUGAGUUUAAAAGGUCUGACUCUGAGUUGAUGCUGUUAGAAACUCAAAAUAGGACUAUGCACCGCUGGAACUGGAGAGCCUGGUCUCUGACCCUCCAGAUGAUGGUCAUCAUAUUAAGCUGCUUCUCCCUAUUGUGGCUUAUACAUGUUGCCUUUCCAUCCGAUUACUACUGAUAUUUUCUUGUGCACGGCACAGCACAGCCGCUCCUCUAGCAGGAGGUUGCAGACGCACAGCUCUUGCCUGGCCAAAAAGUAGAAAAGGAAGCUGUAAGCCUGUUUCUGCAAGUCUUGGGAGAACUGGCAAGGGAUCAAGAAUGCUUUCAUCUGAACUGCAGAAGAAAUGCAAGUGGAAUUGCUGGUAGCAGUCGUCAGACUGAUUGUUUGGUUAGACACACCCCGACGAGAAAGAGCAUUAGGAAGUGCCGCGUGGUCCGAGAGGCCGGCAGGCCUGCCAAAAUACAACAGCAACAAUGCGCUUAUGCAGCGGGAGGACCUCGGGGCUCAGGAAGCUUGUCUACCUUGGGACUUGUUUCGGGCACUAUCUCAGGAUCGCAUACGUGUAUAGUUUAUAACAUAUUUAACUUUAAAAGCCUGGCUGCAAUCUUUAUUUUAAAGUGGCACACGGCCUCUCGAAUGAAGGAAAUAUGCAGCACCAUCGCGUUACCCCACACUGGAUUUGAUCUUGGAGCCUUUCUUCGUGCAAGUAAGUUCCACUAGCCAUAAGAGGUCUGUUCCUGUCAGCAAAGAGAGAGAACCAGGAUCUUUACGAGGGUUUUCCUCUUUGACAGGGCCAAUUCACUGGCCUCCCUUCGUGUGCCUGUUGUUACCACAUUAUACUACUGUAAUUUAACAUGCAAAAAAUGCUGAUUUACCAAACCGAGGUCAUCAAAGUGUCAUCACAGAAAUCGCUGACAUUUCAGGCUUCCUAGUUAUCAUAUUUCAUGCCUGCAUUCUGCGUUCAGCCGCUGGGGCUGAGGGACACAACCGAGUCCAACAUCCUGCUACAAACGGCAGCUUAGCUAAUAGAAACACCGUUUUUCACCUACCUCAAGAUAGCUAAAGUGCUUGCAAACCUCGCCGUUUCUUUAGAGUGAAAGCAAAGGUGGGAACCCACGAUGAUCAGUCUCUUAGCUCCUCCUGCAAGAACAACGAGCUUCACGGACCUUUAUUGACUCAGGGGCAAACUGUGCACCCGACCCUGCAGGCGUGAAGCGUCCUGGACUGGAGCUGCUUGGUAAAAUGGGGGUCAUAUUGCAGAAAGUUGACCUGCUGUUUCAGCCUUCUCCCUCCUCCCCAAAAAAAGCUCUAAAAUGAAAGCUGAUGUUCAGAAAAGCUUUGAGAAGAAUUCAGACUUUUCAGCAGAAAUCAUACCAGUUUGGUGUGAAAUUUAGUUUGUUGAAACCCCAAUUUUUUGUCCUAAAACUGAUUUAGGAGAGCUCUGACCACCUGUGCCCUGUGUCCAGUGCUGUGGCAGGGGAAGGGGGGUCAGGGAGAGGCAGGGGAGACAUGCACCUCCUCAGAGGUGGCUCGGAGAUAGAAGCAGAAGAACCAUCGUUACAAAGACGCGGAUGCUUUUGCCUCCCUGCUCAAAAGCAUUGCAUGCUUUUGGUGCAUGCUGCAGUACUGAAAGAGUUAAAAGACCAGCUAAGAAGUGUAUUACAAUAUGGGACCCCCAUGCUCAAGAGCCCUGCAGAGCACAGAAAACCUCCACAAAUUGCACUCCGCUCCUGCAGAUCCCAACUGCACAGCGAUGGCAUGGGAGCUGCCGAUUCAGAUUGCAACAGUGUGCAAACCGGGACACGUCUCACUGGAGUGUUUCUUUUCAAGCUGUCAGAAUAUCCUGUGAAAUGGAAAAAUACAACAUUAUUGAAAACAAUUGACUCCCUUCCAGUUUAUCGUAAAAAUAUUUAAGCCUUCACAAACAUGGCUACUGCAUCAUUCAGAAGUUUAGAAAAUGAAGAUCUCUUCCAGUGGUUUUCUUUCCUAAGUGGACACGAACAUGUGGGCUGAAGCUAACUCUCCUUAGAUCAGAAUAGACCACCUUUAAAUUUCUGUGUCUCCUUCCUGGGCGUGGAGAUAUGUUAUUUUGAUCAAACACAGCUUAGUUGCAUCUAACUUUCACUUUUUAACCAAAAACUAAGCUUGUUUUUCCAUUCUGAUUUUUCAUGCAGGGUCCCUUUUUACCUACUGCUGUAGGGCCUAUGACAUGCACUCUUACGCGUGUGUAACGCUCGAAACAGGAGCAAUUAAAAAUUUUUUUGAAAUAAAGCAGUCCUUCCCCAAGGCUUUUUUCUUAUUCUUUUUUUUCACUUUUAGUUGAGUUCCACAAUGCUCCAAACAGGCUAAAGAAGAGGAGGAUGGUGUGGGGAUAGCAAAAGAGCCAGAUCUGCUGCGGUCACCCCAUCAUUAAAGGUUUCGCCCCGAGUGGAGCUGCUGCGGUACGUAACUGCCGUACUGCGGGCGCUGGGGCGGCGGGCGCUGCGUCUCAGCACCAGCCUCGUUGCAGCCUAAUGGCAGGAGAGGAGGCAAGUGACAGAGCAAAGCGGAGUCGGCGUUUCAUUAACUUUGCUCCCAAAUACUGAUGGCCAAAGAGGAAAGAGAAACCGAAAGCGCCCCAAAACGGCAGCGGCUUUGGACAGUGUCUUGUCUGCAAACGCACCCCGGCUGCGGAGGCAGCUGGGCACGCCCCACGCGCAGCGGCGUCCCUUUACUCCAGCGCUGUCAUUUUGCUACUUGUAAGUAGUUAUUUAAGGACAGCGGGGCCGAUGAGGAGGGAGGCCCUGCACCUCUGCGCGCAUGGGGCAGCCAGCGGCCCCUCGGCACCCGGGGGCCCGUGAGACGGAGAGCAGCACCGAGCAAGCAGGUCUGGUGCAACUGGAAACAUCGCUCAGCAGAGCUCUCGGACGGAGCCGGGUCGCACAAACACACUAAAGGGUUUCCGUCCUGGUGGAAAAAUUAGGAAAAAUCCAGGCGGGAGGCUCCGCUGAGCAGCUGCGUUUCCCAAGCCGUCGUGCCCUGUGGCGAAAUGAGCCGAGGCCAGCACCCAGGCACUGGAGGAGGAAGGUCAAUGCGAUACGGAUCGCUUUUACUUAAAUAGCCUGCCACCAGUGAGCACAAAAACUACCUGCGUCAGACACCUGCUUGGAAUUAAUCCUAAAGAACCGUAAAUAAAUUAAUCUGAUCCAAACUUCUUUCCUGAACAGAGCAGGAUUUGAGUACUUGCUUGGAGUUACAGGGAUUCUUAACCUCUGUGCUCAAUUAGGGGUUAUUAUGGCCAUUUUCUGCAGCCUUUCAACGAUCACUCGUUUGAGCAAGGAGUAGCAGGACCCAGGACUCUCUUAUUUUUUGGACUAAACUAUAUUUUUCAUUUCUUUAGAGUACCUUUAUUUCAGAAGACAGCAUUAAAUACCUUACCGUCAGAAAUGAACACUUUGCCUGAGAAUGUCAACAGCCAUUCAGCUGGAGCUGGGUGUUUUCAGCCAGCUCCCUGCUGCCAAGGGUAGGGCCUGCUCUCUUCAGCGUUGCUGAUUACGAGCUAGACGUAGAUUUUGGAGUUGCAUUCACUUUAAAUGAUUCAGUGGUUCAGUGAUUCAAAGACCAUCAGAUGCUGUGACGAGAAUGAAGCACAGGGCAAUGCCUUUCCUUUGUGCCCCUGUUCCGCAAAAAUUGCUCAGGUUAAAAAAAAAAAAAAAAAAAAGCCACCAAAACAGCAGACUUUUGCCAUUUCAAAGCCAGAAUAUUUUUUGUUCAAAUAAAAAUAAACUUUUGUUUUGUGCAAGUGAAGCAUUAUACUUUUUUGUAUUUGUAAAUCUGUGAGGAAGCAUUAAACAGUCAUCUCUGUUAAGGAGGAGUAAGUCAUUAUAGAAGGGAGUGGCUCUCCCUUCCCGAUGUUUCGUUGUAAUGUUUGUUGUAUAUAUUUGCACAUUAAGCUGUGUAUCUUUUUUUCUAAUAAAUUAAUAUAAAACAUA